GAACAAAGCAUGCAGCUAAACAACAUCUAAAUCAGUAUAGAUUUUGAAAUUCAGUCGUCUUUUAUUGCAUAUUUUAUAAUGUUUCUAGUUUAUUUUGCAAGGUGAACUUAUUGAUCCGUUCAAGAUGCCGUCAAUGGAUGUGGACACCGCCCUCCUAACCAUGGGUUACGGGUGCGGUCAGGUGAUAAUCUUCAUCGUGAGCUUCUUUAUCUACAUGUACGCGGUGUCGGAGUCCAUGAGUGCUGGCUAUCUCGUGAUCCUGACGUCCUGCGACUUCUCUACCUCACGAGGUGAGAAGACCCUGUUGGCCAAUUCGCUUCUUGGUGGAAUGGUGGCCUCCGGAUUGUUCGUUGGCCUCCUGGCGGACCGGUAUGGCAGGAAGUUUAUGAUCCGGGUAGGUUUAAUCGGAGGACUAGGCUUUUCGAUGAUCUCCGCCUUCAUGCCGGACCUCUAUUCGCUGUCGGUGAUGCGGAUGAUUGUGGGAAUCUUCCUCUCCGGAGUGGCCUCCCUGCAGGUGGGCUUCCUCACGGAGUUCCAUGCGCCCAAGUGGCGACCCUUGGCCGUCAGCCUGUGCGCCCAAUCGCAGAGCGCUGCUCUGAUCUACUGCCCACUGAUGGGCAUGAGCAUCCUGCCCCACAACUUCAGUGUGACCCUCAGCAGCAGCUACGACAUGCGCGCCUGGCGAUUCCUAAUGUUCCUCAUCGAGAUCCCUGGCUGGAUAGCUCUGUUGGGUAUCAGUUUGGUGCCGGAGACCCCGCACUUUCUCAUGUCCGUCAAGCGUGAGGAGAAGGCCAUUGCGUCACUGCAGUGGAUUUGCCGGAUGAACAGGAAAAAGUGGGAGGACUUCGACAUAUCGAUCACAGAAGUUCCCAGGGCCACGAUCAUUAGGGAGGGUUUCUGGAAGAACUUGUGGGACGAGAGUAUACGGCUCUUCCAGCCGCCCUACGUCGGCAAAUUUUUCCUCUGUCUCAUGCUUAUCUUUGGGAUAUUCUUUGUAUCCAUUGGAUUGGGCAUCUGGUUUCCGGUUAUCCGCAACAUGGACAACUCGGGCCAGCACCGAUUUUGCGAGCUCAUCAAUAACAACCCCACCUUGAUGAAGCGUGAGCCAGAGGUGGUCAACGGCACGGAGACGGGGCCGCCGCCUUGCAACGACGUGAUGAGCAACUUCAUCGACCCCAUCUACUAUGGCCUGACCUAUAUGAGCUGCUACAUUCUGUCCUCGCUGUUGUUGCAGUGCAUGCCGAGAAAGUUCGUGAUUGCCUUGCACAUCCUGAUUGCUUUCGUCCUGGGCUGCUCACUCAACGCCCUCAGGGAGCCGACCCUGGUGCUGAUCUUCUUCACGCUCAUGAUGGUCCUGCCCGGUGUCCUCAUCCCGUUGUCCACCUCGGUGCUGAUAGACUGCAUGCCCACCCACUUGCGAGGCAAGGCCAUCUGCAUGGUGCGAUCCCUGGCGCGUUUUGGAGGUGUCUUGGGCAGCACCACGAUUGGAAUGCUCAUAAGGGUCACCUGCGAUGUAACCUUGAACGUUUUCAAUCUCGUUUUGGCAAUUUGCGUUGUUUUGGCUAUCUUUCAACCCAAAGGACUAAAGCCUUCGUAAAAUUAUUCGUCCGCCUUGCUAUAUAGAAUAUAUCAUUUUAGGGAUUUUACGAGGCUACAUGGCUGCCCGUAGACGUAGUCGCGUCUUUUCCUGGUUGUCAAAUGGCAUUCACCUCUGGAACAUGGAAGCCUCUAAUCAGGAGAGCAAUAAAUAGCGUCUUAGGUAGUGCAAGGCCCUAUAAGUAAUUUCAUAAAUGGACCCAAACUGAUUGAAAUUCCAAGAAGCUUUUUAUUCUUGUGUAUUCUAGAUUUAUAUUUAAAUAAAUAUCUUUACUUCGAAAAACA